GAAAACACGUGGGUGAAAAUAAGGUGCGGUCAAAAGGAGUGCCAUUGUAAAAUAUGUCUACCACUUCAAAAAGGAAGCAUGGUCACAGUAGCAGGACUACUGGAGGCUCUGGUGGAGAGAAGCGUCCUAAAGGAGAAGAGGAGAAAGGCCAGGAGUCAGAUUCCAAGAGACAGAAGGUGGAAACUCGUCCUCCUUUUGUCCCACCAACCAGAGAAAAUGGCGGAAUGCUAGGAGGUCUUCCACUCUACGGCGAGCUAUUACCAGCUGAGGGAUACACCAGCGUGCCGGUAGCUGCUAGGGAAACCUGCAAGAGACUAGCUGAUAUUAUACUCUCAGUGAAAGACAAUAAAUCCGGAGAAUCCAGCAGUACUGAUUCAAAAAGCGUCUCUACCCAGCGUAGGACAAGUGUCAUACUAUUCACUUUACUCCGUCAGUUGAACAGGGUCUCUAAUCUUUAUUGCAAGGAGACGAGGGACGGGACUCAAGAGAGGAAACUGAGCAUCGACGAGCUACACCUUCAACUCCAGAACCUUCAAUACGAGGCCAAGCACCUCCAGAAGGAAAUCACCAGCUGCUAUGAGUUUAAGUCAAAACACGAUGAUAUUGAUUUAAUUUCGGAACAAGAGUUUUAUGAAAGUGCUCCAGAGUCUCUCAGCAAUCCAGAAGUGACAAAGACUGAUUCUCAUAAACUCAUGCUAGCGAGACUGGAAUGGGAAUUAAAGCAGCGAGAGCAGCUAGCAUCGCGACAGUCUUCACUGGAAGCCUCGAUAAAAUCAAAACUUGAGCAAACUCAAAAACUAGAGGAGAAGCUCUCAAGACUCCGCCCAGGCCCUUGAGCAGCUCAAAGUCUCUUCUCUGG